AUGGCAACCUCAUCAUCAGCAUCAGCAUACCAUUCCCACCAUUCCCAUUCCCACUCCCACUCCCGCGCAGAGACGCCCGUCUCGCCUCUCGUCUCCGACUUCCCACUGCCCGGCCACAGCAACCACCACACGCCGAGCAGCAGCAAUGCCUACUCGAGGUUCAACAGCAAUGUCCACGAUCUGAGCCCGCUCAGCGGCACUCCACCCAUCAUGUCGCCCAGUCCCAGCAUCUCGAGCUACUCCAACUCCACCUGGACGAGUCAGCUGCCUCUCAACAUCGCCACUGUCCACCCGCCGCCAGCAUAUGUAGCGCAGUUCGGCGCAGCGCAAGUGGUCAGCGAUCGCAAGCGGCGAUUCAGCGAUGAUGAGGACGACGAUGUGCGCACAACCAUCAGCUCGAUGCGGGAUGAUGUGCAGUUCUCGCAGCCGGCUCUGAUCCUCGCCAAUGCCUUUCUCGACCAGCUCUUGUACAGCUUUCUGGCCAACGCGCGCUCCACUACGCUCACCGCCCUGCGCCCAGCCGUCAUCGAAGUGCUUAAAUCACGAUUGGCGACCGAGGCCAUCGCGAGCGCAGAAGAAGAGCUGCAGGAGCUGCUGGCGGGCGGCGACGAUGAGGAAGAGGAGAUGAACCAUCGACAGACGCUUGCUGAGCGGCAGCGCAAAUGGGACACUGAGCUCGUCUGGAAACGCACCCGGCUCCGGGUCAUGGUGUACAUCCGUCUCGGUGAGAUGGAGGACGACGACGAAGAGCGCUAUGUCCGCGAGAACGAGCUCUUCCAGGGUGCCGACAGGCGCUUCUCGCAGUCGUCGGGGUUAGUGUCAUGGGCGGCUGCCAUUUUCUUGACGUCCGUACUGGAAUAUGUAGCCGAGCAAACAUUGCAGGUCGCCGCCCAAGCAGCCGAUUCUCGUGCUCGGCGUCAGUGCAGAAACCCGCGCGCGCCCACGUCUGCUUUUGGCAUGGUGUCACCCGUGGAUGGUGUGACAGUCGAGGAUUAUGACAUGGAGAAGGUUGCACUAAACUCUGGGCUCGGGCGACUCUGGCGUACAUGGCGGAAAUCUUUACGCUCCAACGCAAACGGAGCUCCUCUUUCACCUGCAACCACAUCGAGUAACAAUUUCUCACGCCGCCUGAGUCGCGACAUCUUUGGUCCAGGGCUCAACCCACGGAGCAGCUUCGGCACUGGUCCUGAUGCACUCUCCGUCAUGGAGGAUUCUCGGCGACCUUCGCUUAUGACAACCGACAAGGAUGUCACCCAGGUAGCUGAAGAUGGUGUAGAAGAGCUGCCAGAAGCAGGUUAUCCUGAACAUGUGCUUGCAGCAAACAUCCCGCUUCCGAUUGGCGAUGAGGUUCGCGAUGUGGACGAAAUCGAGGUGCCCGGCCUCGCAAGGGACCCAGAUGUUCCUGAGAUCGACCACGAGAGCAUGGCGGUAGCAGCUCUCCCAAAACGCCGGAACAGCUUUUCCAGUCAUGCGAACUUCAUGCUUAUGGACAAGCCUGUGCGCGAUACGACCGCGACUCUGGAGACACCUGAAACGAAGCUACCUGACGUGGGAGCUUCGAAGAAGCCAAUCCUGACUCGCAAACGAUCGGCAUCUGUUCCUAUGCGCAUCCCAGGCGCAUUUCCUGUCUUCGAAGAGCCCAUUGCGGAGGAGGCGGUCGAGCAUUCCGAGGCUACAGAGCCAGUGUCGGAAGAUGCUGUCAAGGCAGAUCCGAAGCCAGAGCAGAAAGCGAACGCCGUUGAGAUGGCUAUUCACAAGCGAAAGGCAUCACAAUCUCCAGACGCGAAGUCUCUCGAAGAUAAGGUUGUUCAGGAAGACCCUGUCAGUGAGGUUACCGAUGCAAAGGAUACCCACAAAGGCGUAUUGGGUCUUGCAGCUGCAGGUAGCGCUGCAGCGGCAGCGGCGGCAUUGUCAGCAGUAUAUGGCGCAAGUCCCAAUAAGAAGACGAAGAGGCAGAGUAUGCCGCCUGUGGAGACCGACAUCGAGCAGCGCGAGCAACAGAAGAAACGCAACAACAUGAAGCGCCUCAGCGUACCUGUGGCCGUCAGGACCCUAUCGUGGCAGAAAGUGCAGGACCAGGACGAACCUCAAACCGCCCGACGAGUAUCCUUAAGUUCUCCCAACACCCCUCCUACAAUUGUGCAAACGCACUCGAGCUCGACGGUGACGUCGCCCAUCCAAGAGACGCUCGACGAUGACAGGAGCAGCGAGAAGACUUCUCAACAAGCAAGCGCUACGCCGCGGUAUAUAGCUUCAGGUGCUGGUCCGGACCAAGAAAGCAGCAAAGAAGAGCCAGUUGACAUUGGAGUUGCGAGGACAUCGGACACGGCAGUGGCUUCGCCAAAGCCAGAUGAUUCGUCAGAGGAGUUUCGCUACGCAAGGGAUCGAGACAGUUACACAAAUCCCAAUCCUCGGCGACCUUCCAGGCUGUUCAUUGGCACCCAGCCAGUUGAAGCGGUGCCCACAAAGACAGACAAUCCACCUGCCCAGGCACAGAAAACGGAAGAUUUGCCGGUCACGUCGCCAGAGGCGUUCUUGUCCAAACGAUCUCUCGCAGUGUCACCGAAAGUGAAAGAGGCUGCUGAAAAAGCAAAGGAGCAGACACCAACGCACGACCUUCCAGAUGGAGAUGUCAAGCCGACUACUCAUGCUAUCACAACUGGCAAGAGUGGCAGUAGUCCACAACCUUCGCCUGGCGUGGAAAAGAUUCCGGAGAAGAGCGAGAAUUGGGUACCACACUCGAAGAAAUCUGCAUCAGUCUCCGAAGCUGCAGCACCACCUGCGUCUGUGCAGCCUGCAGUACCGAAGAUGACUGUCGUCAAGAAGAAGGAAGCUCCGUUCAAGGAGGAAGCGGUCGUUUCACUGACCAGUGCAAGCAUCAAAGGUCCAGAAGACUUUGAGAUGUUCGUGCAAGGCGGUGACACCGUCAAGUACACACUUACGCCAGAGAACGUGCGUGAUGAUCCUUCGCCAAUCGAUGCAGUCCCAAUUCGAAAAGCGGCACGGAACCACGAACGAAGCACUUCCGCACCACGAAAGCAGUCACCAUCUGCAGAAACCAGGACUGGAAGGAGUCAAUCCUCCAAGCACAUCACAUCGGCUUCACCUUUACCGCCAGACACGGAUGACGAUCACCGACCGCGUAAAGACAGCGACAAGCGAAGGUCGAUCAGCCGGCCACCCGUACGCAACGUGAGCGCACAUCGCAGGAGCGGACUCAUGGCUCGAGAACCACAAGUCUUGACAGAGUCUACGAGGGACUUCGCCGACUUUAUCAGAUCGACGGGACCUUCAAAAGAGCAAGAAGUCAUGCCCAUCCUCAACAACAGAUCUACAACUUCACUACACUCAUUGCUCAACGGCUCUCGGUCAUCUUCGCCAGGUGCCGCAUCAGCUCGAAGUUUGAACAGAUCAACAUUCUCGAAAGAUCCCAUUCCGCCAUUACCAGCGAUGCCUAGCAAGGGCAAGGGCAACAUGCAAGCUCGGGGAGCUACUACGAAUGCUGAUGGUAGCACCUCGGAGCUGAUCGACUUUAUAAGGAGUGGACCGAGCAGCAACGGCCAGGGAGAUAGGCAGCAUCGAAUCUCGCGUACUGUCGCACCGUUCCGGACGACUAUGGAUAGUGACCAAGCCGACGAAUGGGGCGAGAGAUUGGUCGCACAGCCAGACUUAAAGCUCACGAACACUACGCAAAGUGCACCAAGCCUCAAGAGUGCAUCUUCCGUCAAGUCCUCGCAUAAGACGUCUGCGAACUCAAGAGCACCACUCCUCAGUCAGACUACCACGAAUGAGAAUGUGCAGCCAACGCACAACGGCGUCCCUCCGAGACUGUCUUCGAUGCCCAAGCAAGCUGAAGGAGGUGCGCCAGCGCCCAAACGCUACCGCAACAAGGACCCCUACGCCAUCGACUUCGACGACGAUGAUGAAGAUGAUGACCUCUUGAAAGCCCUUCCGAAGAACGCACGUGUCCGUGAAGAAGAGAGUUUGAUAGACUUCCUGAGGAAUAGCGAGCCUCCAGCCAGUCACACUCCUCGGACCGCCAGUGCGCCGGCUGGUCGACGACAAGGCAGCACCUCUGGCAUCAAGAACUUCAGCUCAGACGCUGUAAGUCUAGACCGUUCAGGCUCAGCUUCCAGCCGUGAUGGCGGCCGUCCAGCAAAGCAAGCCUGCACAUACACCGUGGGCAACGCUCCCGCUCCGCCACGGUCAGGAGGCACCACCUCAGUCGCUAUUGGUGGACUUGGUAAACCUCCCCCACCGAAGAUGCAAGCCCGCGGCUUCGGCAAACAACAAGAUGAUGGCGGCAUGCAAGAUCUUGCCGAUUCCCUACGGAGCUCUGGACCCAGUACACCGACUCAACCAACGCCGAUUGCCACGAAACUAAACCAAACAUCAUCGAGAACAUCGGUCAGGACUGAUACUUCGAAGAAGUCACGGCGAAGUAGUUUCUUUGGUCUCUUCUCGAAAAAGUCGAACUCGCAGCAGGCUCAAUACCUUGACAUGUAG